AUGGCCUGGCUGAACCGAUUAGCCGCCGCCGCAGCGCCAUCACUUCGUUGUGUUAGCCGAUUCUCCGGCAGACGAGGUUAUGGAUCGGCAGCGGCAGUCCAAUUCGACUAUGAUUAUGAUGAUGAUUAUUAUUCAGAAGCCGAAGAAGACUUCGAACAGCUUAAUCGGCUAAAGCCGAAUUUGGAGUCGGUGUCUGGGUCGGCUUCAGGGAGAGGAGUGCAGUGGGUGUUGAUAGGAGACCCAGGAGCUAAAAAGCAUGUUUAUGCAGAGAAACUCUCGACGCUUCUAGAAGUUCCUCACAUUUCCAUGGGUACCCUUAUUCGGCAAGAGCUUAACCCUAAAUCUUCUUUCUAUAAACAGAUUACGGAUGCCGUGAAUGAGGGAAAAUUGGUACCUGAAGAUGUGAUUUUUGGGUUGUUAUCAAAGAGGCUUGAAGAGGGUUAUUAUAGAGGUGAAAAUGGGUUUAUUUUGGAUGGAAUACCGCGAACGAGAAUGCAGGCUGAGAUUCUUGACCAAAUUGCUGAUAUUGAUCUGGUUGUGAAUUUUAAAAGCGGUGAAGGGAAUUUGGUGAAAAGGAAUUUUAUAACUGCAGAAAAUUCUAGCUACUCUGUUGCAGAUGCGGGAAGGGUGUCAAAUGAAAAGUUCCGCAUAUAUGCAGAGCAGGGCAAGGCAUUAGAAGAAUACUACAGGAAACAGCAGAAGCUUCUUGACUUUCAAGUGGCAGGCGGACCAGGAGAAACAUGGCAAGGGUUGCUGGCUGCAUUACAUCUCAAACAUCUGAGUGCUGUUAGUUCUUCACCAAAACUGGCUGCUUGA